GUCAAAAAUUGUCAACUUCAGAUUCAGUCAAAAAGUGCGGCAAAUUGUUAGAUCGCUGCUUUGAUUUUGGCUUUUUCGUUGGUAAACGGACAUCCUGAUGAAAAUGGGUGUCAACGAAACAAACAUAAAUACGGUGAGAGAAUUAAUAUUAGACGAGCAUAAGUUAGUGACUUAUAUUUCAAUUAGCAAAGAGCUAUGUGUUCAUGUGAAUGAAGCUAAAACAUUACUGCGAGAGGUCGUGCAGGAUAUACGAAAGAAAAAACCGGAGACUGGUCUUAGUAUAUCAUAUGUGAUAUCGGGAUUGCUAAAUAAUAACAGCGGAUGCGUCACUGUGUGCUCAGAAACUGAUUUAGACAGCUUAAGAAAAUCUUUGAAAAUCGUUUUUUACGAGCAUGUAUAUUGCGUUAGCAGAGGACUGAAACCAGCAGAAAAUGUGUCAUUAAGUGCAGUUAGCAAAUUCGAGGACCUCGCCCUAUGUACGGGGUUAAUAAAAGCUAACUCUUGCUCUAAAAGGACUAAUGACGAAAUUGGCAGUUUAAAAUCCAUCAAUCAAGCUGUUUUGAAUACACCAAAAUCAUCAAAUUUACAACAAUCGUCUAAAGAUAAAGUAAUCAAAGAGAUAAGAAAUCCAGUUAAGGUAGAAGUAAAAUCUGAAAAAGUUUCACCUAAGAAGGUUUCACCAAAGAAGGAUUCACCAACUAAGAAAACUCCAGCUAAACUAAAUGGAAACAAAAGUGGUCCAACAAGUAUUGCAGGAUUUUUCAGUAAGGGUGGAAAUUCACCCAAAAAUAAAAAAGUUAAAGUGUCAGAACCAGAGAUUAAAAAAGAAAAAGAAGAUAAAGUGGAACCAGUUAAAAAAGAAAAAGAAGAUAAGGUGGAACCAGUUAAAAAAGAAACUGAUGUGCCGUCCAAAACUGUAACUAAUGGUUCAUCAGAGAAUGUCAAGACCAAAUCAAACAAUAAGAAUAAUAUUUCAAUUAAAAAGAAUGCCAAAGUUGAUAAGAAACGCAAAAGGUUGUUACAUGUUUCUGACAGUGAAAGCGACAAUGAAGGAGAUGAUCCAUUUGCUAAGGAAAUGGAUGUUGAUCAUGAGUCAGAGGAUGAAAUACCACCUACACCAACUAUAAACACGGUUAAAAUAACAUCAGGAAUCCUAAAUCCCAAGAAAAGGAGAAAGGUUGUCGAUAAAACCUACACUGAUGAAGAUGGUUAUAUUCUUACUAAGAAAGAAGAAGUUUAUGAGAGUUGCUCUGAAAAUGAAGAAGAUGUAAAAGAAAAUCAAAAUAUGGCGAAAAACAAUACUUCACCUGUAAAAAUAAACACUGAACAAGUGAAACCAGUUAAAAAUGAGCCUGCAAUAAAAAAAGAAACUAAAAGUAAGAAGAAAUUAUCACCACCAAAAAAAGGCAAACAAGCUACAAUAAACAGCUUUUUUAAAAAGGUCUGACCACAAAACAAUCAUGCUUGGUUAUAAAGUGCCUAAUUGUGUUUAAAUUUUUUCACCAAUAAUGUAUGUGAUGUUAUGUUCAAUAAAAUUAUGUUAAAUAUUAAAAGUCAU